AUGCCAUCUACUUUUAAUACGUGUGAACGCGAGAAGUUAUUUCUAAACCCAAGUAACAAAAAAUUUGGCAUACCGGAACUACAAAAGCUUGUUAAACCACACAUAGAUUCUUUUAAUAGUUUAUUAGAACCGCCCACAAAGGGAAUCCUUAAUUAUGCAGUUGUCGAUAUUGAUCCAGUUGAAAUAUUCGAUGUUAGGAUCCCUUAUAACAGUCCUGCACAAGGGAACAAGUUAAAAGUUUGGAUAGAUGAAAUUUUAAUUUCUAAACCACUUUUAUCUGAACAUGUUCGGGCGUCAACGAUGAGGAAGAUCUAUCCUGCAGAGUGUCGCGAAAGAUUAACUACAUAUGCGGGAAAAAUGAAUAUUAAAUUAUGUUGGAAAAUAAAUGAUGGCAAUACGAAUUUCGAAACUAAAUAUGUAGGAAUGGCACCCAUUAUGGUCAAGUCCAAUCGUUGUAAUUUACAAAGCCUUUUUCCCAAACAAUUGAUCGAGCAUCACGAAGAAUCCGAAGAAAUGGGUGGCUAUUUCAUAGUUAAUGGGAUCGAAAAAGUUAUUCGUUUGUUAUUGGUACAACGGAGGAAUUAUGCCAUGGCUAUGAUCAGACCGUCAUUAGCAAGUCGUGGCGCAUCAUAUACUGAAUAUGGUGUAUCUAUUCGUUGUGCGAGACAAGAUCAGACGACCAUGACAAACGUUUUGCAUUAUUUAAAAAAUGGCAAUUGCAUGCUUAGGUUUUCAUGGAGAAAACAAGAAUACAUGAUUCCAGUAAUAUUGAUUAUGAAGGCUUUGGUUGAGAUAAAUGACAAAGGAAUCUUUGAACAGUUGGUUCAGGGAGAAUUUUCUAAUACAUUUUUGACAGAUCGAGUGGAACUUAUGCUUCAAGAGUUUAAAUCAUUUGGCAUUCAGUCAAAAGAACGAUGCGUUAGUUUCUUAGGUGAAAAGUUUCGCGUCGCAUUUACUCUUUCACCUUCCUAUUCUCACAAACAAGCUGGUGAACAUAUAUUAAAGAAAGUGAUAUUGGUCCAUCUUAAGCAUAAUAGAGAUAAGCUUAAUCUUUUGAUUUUCAUGGUUCGCAAGCUGUAUUCUCUUGUUGCUGGUGAAUGUUCUCCAGAUAACCCAGAUUCCCCGCAAAACCAAGAAAUUCUUCUGGGUGGGCAUCUUUAUGGGAUGCUUAUUAAAGAAAAACUUGGCGAAUGCUUAAAUGCUAUUCGUGCAGUAGUUACUGCAGAUAUUGCUAAUGAUAAACCGGUAGAUUUCAAUGAUAAAAAAUAUGUCGCUAAUGUAUUCAAUAGAUCCAAUAUAGAAAUUGGGAGAAAGUUGGCAUAUUUCCUUGCUACAGGAAAUCUUACUUCUAGCAGUGGGUUAGAUUUGAUGCAGACUACUGGCUAUACUAUAGUAGCAGAAAAACUUAAUUUUUAUCGCUAUAUUUCACAUUUUCGAUGUAUUCAUCGUGGAUCUUUCUUCACUCAAAUGAAAACAACCACCUUGAUUCAUUUGAAUCAAUUAAUUGGCCAAGCAGGGUUUAUUUGUCCAGUACAUACUCCGGAUGGUGAACCGUGUGGAUUGCUUAACCAUCUUUCCCACACUUGUAGAAUAAUUACUACCAAGCCUAACGUGGAGAUGAUUCCAACUAUAUUGGCAGAAAUGGGUAUUAUUGACAGAUUAACAACAGGUACCCGUGACACUAAAACAAGUUUUUUAUGUGUGCAGUUGGAUGGAAAAAUUUUAGGUUGGUGUGAACCAGGACAUGCACAACCAAUUGUAAAUAAGCUGCGAUUGUUAAAGUUUGAAGAUGAGAUUUCUAUUGACCUUGAAAUCGGUUAUGUUCCACCUUCUAAUGGUGGUCAAUAUCCUGGCAUUUACUUAUUUUCUGAACAAGCGCGUAUGAUGCGACCUGUCAGAUAUCUUGCCAACAACGAAAUUGAUAUGGUUGGAUCAUUUGAGCAGGUAUAUAUGAACAUUGCGUGUUUGCAAAAAGAUAUCAUCAAAGGUGUAACAACCCACAUAGAGAUUGAACCCACAAGCAUGUUAAGUAUUCUAGCUAAUUUAACACCAUUUUCCGAUUACAACCAAAGCCCUCGUAAUAUGUAUCAGUGUCAGAUGGCCAAGCAAACGAUGGGUACACCUUCAACAGCAAUUAUGCAUCGAACGGACAAUAAAUUGUAUCGACUUCAGACUGGUCAAACCCCAAUAGUACGACCAGUGCUUCAUAGUACUCUUGGUCUUGAUGGAUUUCCUAAUGGAACAAAUGCCAUUGUAGCUGUGAUUUCAUAUACUGGUUACGAUAUGGAAGAUGCAAUGAUUAUCAAUAAAUCAGCUCACGAAAGAGGGUUCAAAUAUGGUACCAUAUACAAAUCUGAGAUAGUUAGUCUUGAUGAAUUUUAUGAAUCUGGUAUUAAGCAUCAUUUUGGUCUCGGCGAAGACGCAACACCUUCAUUGCGAGAAAAGCUUGAUAAUGAUGGUUUACCGUUUAUUGGUGCACGAUUAAAAAUGGGUGAUCCCUUAUGCGCAUAUAUAGAUGACACACAAGGAGGCAAAACAAUUGUGAAGCAAUAUAAAGGAUCGGAGGAUGCAUAUGUGGACCAAGUUAGGUUACUCGGUGACGACUUAGGCAUAUAUGAAGCUCAAAAGGUGCACAUAAUGUUAAGAAUUCCGAGACCUCCUGUAAUAGGUGACAAAUUUUCAUCCAGACACGGACAGAAGGGUAUUCUUUCUCGAUUAUUGCCCCAGGUUGACAUGCCUUUUACUGAAAGCGGGAUGCAACCGGAUAUUAUUAUCAAUCCGCAUGCAUUUCCAUCACGUAUGACCAUUGGGAUGUUUGUAGAAAGUCUUGCCGGAAAAUGUGGUGCUCUUUUUGGUGUGGCCCAAGAUUCUACACCAUUUAGAUUCAAUGAAGAAUUUACUGCAAUAGAUUAUUUUGGAGAGCAACUUGCGCGUGCAGGAUAUAAUUACCAUGGAAAUGAGCCAAUGUAUAGCGGAAUUACUGGAGAAGAAUUUCAAGCGGAUAUUUAUAUUGGUGUUGUGUAUUAUCAACGCCUUCGUCACAUGGUAUCAGACAAAUGGCAAGUCAGGUCGACUGGGCCUGUUCAUAAUCUCACAAUGCAACCAAUUGGUGGUCGUAAAAGAAGUGGCGGAAUAAGAUUUGGUGAGAUGGAACGCGAUUCAUUGUUGGCUCAUGGAAUGAGUUUUUGCCUUCAAGACCGUUUAAUGAAUUGUUCUGAUUUUUCUCAGUGUCAUAUAUGCAGAAAAUGUGGUUCUAUUUUUACCUCAUUAUCACUUAAAACGCAUUAUCAACUAAAUACUAAUAGGACAUAUAAAAAGCAUCAUAUUCAAUGUAAUAUAUGUGAAACUUCUAGGUGGAUAUCACUUGUGAAAAUACCGUAUGCAUUUAGAUAUCUUGCAACAGAGCUUGCCAGUAUGGGAGUCAAAAUUAUAUUAAAAACCAAAGAUGAUUAA